CCGCCGGGAGGAGCGCGGGCGGUUCGGCGGCGGCGCGAUGCCGCUCGCCCAGCUCAAGGAGCCCUGGCCGCUCAUGGAGCUGGUGCCGCUGGACCCGGAGAAUGGACAGGCGUCAGUUGAAGAAGCUGGACUUCAGCCAUCCAAGGAUGAAGGCGUCCUCAAGGAGAUCUCCAUCACACACCACGUCAAGGCUGGCUCCGAGAAGGCUGAUCCAUCCCAGUUUGAGCUCCUUAAGGUUUUGGGCCAGGGAUCCUUUGGCAAAGUCUUCCUGGUGCGCAAGGUCACCCGGCCUGACAGUGGGCACUUGUAUGCCAUGAAAGUGUUAAAGAAGGCAACGUUGAAAGUGCGUGACCGCGUUCGGACCAAGAUGGAAAGAGACAUCCUGGCUGAUGUGAACCACCCUUUCGUGGUGAAGCUGCACUAUGCCUUCCAGACUGAGGGCAAACUCUAUCUCAUUCUGGACUUCCUGCGUGGCGGUGACCUGUUCACACGACUGUCCAAGGAGGUUAUGUUUACAGAAGAGGAUGUCAAGUUUUACCUGGCUGAACUGGCACUGGGUCUGGACCACUUGCACAGCUUGGGCAUCAUUUACAGAGACCUCAAGCCUGAGAACAUCCUUUUGGAUGAGGAGGGCCACAUCAAACUCACUGACUUUGGCCUGAGCAAGGAGGCCAUUGACCACGAGAAGAAGGCCUAUUCAUUCUGCGGGACAGUGGAGUACAUGGCCCCCGAGGUGGUCAACCGCCAGGGCCACACCCACAGUGCAGAUUGGUGGUCCUAUGGGGUGUUGAUGUUUGAGAUGCUGACAGGCUCCCUGCCCUUCCAGGGGAAGGACCGGAAAGAGACCAUGACCUUGAUUUUGAAGGCGAAGCUAGGUAUGCCCCAGUUUCUGAGCACAGAAGCCCAGAGCCUCCUGCGAGCCCUGUUUAAGAGGAAUCCUGCCAAUCGGCUUGGCUCGGGUCCUGACGGGGCAGAGGAAAUCAAGAGGCAUGUCUUCUACUCCUCCAUUGACUGGAAUAAGCUCUACCGUCGUGAGAUCAAGCCACCUUUCAAGCCAGCUGUGGCCCAGCCCGACGACACCUUCUACUUUGACACUGAGUUUACGUCCCGCACACCCCGGGACUCUCCAGGCAUCCCCCCCAGUGCUGGUGCCCAUCAACUGUUCCGUGGCUUCAGCUUCGUGGCCACUGGCCUGAUGGAGGACGACGGCAAGUCCCGGGCCACUCAGGCCCCCCUGCACUCGGUAGUACAGCAACUCCAUGGGAAGAACUUAGUUUUCAGUGAUGGCUACGUGGUAAAAGAGACCAUCGGCGUGGGCUCCUAUUCCGUGUGUAAGCGAUGUGUCCACAAGGCCACCAACAUGGAGUACGCUGUCAAGGUUAUUGACAAGAGCAAACGAGAUCCCUCAGAGGAGAUCGAGAUUCUUCUUCGGUAUGGACAGCACCCCAACAUCAUCACUCUGAAAGAUGUAUAUGAUGAUGGCAAACACGUGUACCUGGUGACAGAGCUGAUGAGGGGCGGCGAGCUGCUGGAUAAGAUCCUGCGACAGAAGUUCUUCUCGGAGCGGGAGGCCAGCUUCGUCCUGCAUACCAUCAGCAAGACCGUGGAGUAUUUGCAUUCCCAGGGGGUCGUCCAUAGGGACCUCAAGCCCAGUAACAUCCUGUAUGUGGAUGAGUCCGGGAACCCCGAGUGCCUGCGCAUCUGUGACUUUGGCUUUGCCAAGCAGCUGCGGGCUGAGAACGGACUUCUCAUGACGCCUUGCUACACAGCCAACUUUGUGGCACCUGAGGGCGCAGGCCAGAGAUGGCUGGACACGAUUGCCUUCCAGUCAUUGGCGAUCAGUGUGGCACUCGGUGGGGCACAGCUGUCUGCCUCCUCGGCGCCCCACCCAUCACCUCCCUGCCCACUGUGUCUCCAGGACUUGGUAUCUAAGAUGCUGCAUGUGGACCCCCACCAGCGCCUCACAGCCAAGCAGGUCCUGCAACACCCGUGGAUCACCCAGAAAGACAAGCUGCCCCAGAGCCAGUUGUCCCACCAAGACCUGCAGCUUGUGAAGGGAGCCAUGGCAGCUACCUACUCUGCGCUCAAUAGCACCAAACCCACUCCCCAGCUGAAGCCGAUUGAGUCAUCUGUCCUGGCCCAGCGGCGGGUGAGGAAGCUGCCGUCCACCACCCUGUGAACCACACUGCAGACAAACUCCUUGGAGGCAGAGUCCUUCCCAGAAGGAACGGGCCUGAGUCGCAGGACCAAGUGAAGUGGAGUCCUAAGGGCCCGGGAAGUAGCCAGCCCAGAUCACCCGAGUGACGGUGUGAAGUGCCUUCCUCCCUAGCACGGACUCCUCUGGGCUCAGGCUCCGUGUGUGAGAUCCAUUCACUGUACAAACUGUUUUCUAAUGGCAUCCUCUACCAUGGAUUUUUACAAGAUCCAUUUGCCUUUCUGGCCGUUGCAGUGUCACAUAGAGACCGUGAUCAGCUUUGGGGGAGUCCCCUAAACGCCCCUCUGUUGGCCGUGGAGCCAUCUGCACACACCUCCAAGAAAGCCCAGUGUUGCCUCUCAGAGUUCGCCCACUGGCUAUUCAGCAGAAACUGGUCCCCGCCUCUCCGUUCUGUUCUGGAGUUCCAGAAACACUUUCCGCGAGGACGCCGCCCUGUCAGCUCCAGGCACCAGCAUCCGCAUUGCCCUUCCACAGUGGCCCCUGCAGUCAGGUCGGACAGCCCCGUGGAGAGGAGGCAGAGAGCACUUUUGGGCAGACUUCCUCCUGUCUGCCGCUGGACAGGGGAGACCAGGGAGUGGGCCACAGGGGACGAGGGCUUUUUCAUUUCCUCAGCUGGUAACUCAGGGUUCAUCUGUCCAAGGCCUUUCUAAUAAACUUACAAUCCAGUCGAA